UGAUUUGAGCCAAGCUAGUAACCUCUGCCACACCAAUAAAAAGUUUCUGCAUCCGCUACUGGCUCUCCUCGCCGUCGCCGUCGCCGGCGGCCCACGCCCGCGAGGAGUUGGAAGCAGGUCCGGAGCAUCCGCGGUCCAGGAUGGCGGAGGACAUGGAGGCGCGGCGGGCGGCGUGCGAGCGCCGGCUCGACGCCUUCGGAGACCGAAUCGCCGCCCUCCAGUCGUCCAUCCGCGCCUCCGCCCGCCAGGAGCUGGAAGCAGGUCCGGAGCAUCCGCGGCCCAGUAUGGCGGAGGACAUGGAGGCGCAGCGGGCGGCGUUAGAGCGGCGAUUCGCCGCCAGCCGAGACCGAUUCGCCUCCUUCAAGUCGUCCAUCACCCGCUCCGGCGCCCACCAGGUCCUCUCGCGUGUAGAGGACCUCGCAUUUAUCCGUGUUGCAGAGGACCUCGCCGGACUCAAGAAGAAGUUGCUGGGCCUGGAGUCCGACCUAGGGCAAGCUCUGUCCCUUAACUUCCGCAGGCAGUUAGAAUGCGAGCGCCUCAGGGAGUCGAUUUCAGCCGAGGAUGCUGAGAGGGAGCAGCUAAUUGGCCAGCUCACCGACCAGGUGGACAGGAGAGGGCGGUGUGCCACGGUCAUAUCGAAUGCGCUCGAGGCUGUCCAGGCUCUUGAAACAAAGGCUGAUGAAGAUGAUACAUGGAGGACAGACAUACAAAAAGCUCUUCGCUGGUAUCAAGAGUUCCUUGGCUUCCAGGUCAUUACCGGAGGAGAAGGCCUGAAAUUUGUAUUUGACAAGGUUGACUUGCAAAGUCCUGAGAAGGAGUUCUCAGUUUCCUUAAAGAUUGACAAUGAUAGAUAUAUCUUACUUCAAUGCAGUCCAGCCGUGGAAGAUUCUGAGGAACUGAUGAAGGAUUUGAACCUCAGUAACAAUCUAGCCAAGUUUGCAAGAAUAAUCCGACAGAGGUUCCAGGCUGCUGCUUUGGCUGGGGAUCUUCCUGCAAGCCCAACUGUUUGUUCAGAUGCUUCCGCUCUACCCAUAUCAUCUCCGGUGAUAAAGUCAGUUGACUCCAGAAGCAAAAAUGAUAGAGAUAGAAGUAAUCCUCAAAGUAAGAACAUGAAGCCGCUUCUUCCUGCUAAGAGACAAGCUUCUGCCCUAUCGGCAGCAUCUCCUAGUUCUGUGCGUCGGUCCCCGCGUUUUGUGGGAAAAGACGUUGUCCAGAACCUGAGCCGAAGCCACCAACACAAGACAGGGAGAUGAGGGACAGACGAAGAGGCGGCAACAAGGAAAACACGUGAGUCCGAGUUCGAGUCUGCUGAUGCAGAGCCUGACCUGGCCAAACUAACUCUUAACUGACGAUUUGGCCGCCCUGCUCUUCUCUGCCAACAUUCAUGAUGUGUUGUUGAGCCUAUGCAGCGCCGUGCAAUGUUGUUUUCAGCUGUCGAGAUCUUCGGUGUAUGUUGAUCGUUUAGUUUAAUUCGUAAGAUUGGGAUAUCUAGGAAAAUUUGUGCUGGCGCUCUAUGUUGGAGAAACAAAAAUCCAUCGACAUGGACCUCCUGUCUUGGUAAAAUUGCGAGUUGACGAUGA